UUUCCAAAGAUUCAUUAUGUUAUCUCACUCUUAAUUAACAUCCGGAUCAAUUAUUUGUCAGUGAAUACCACGAUGAAGGAUUCACGGAUAAUUCUCCUGAGUCUUCGUCUGAUCCUGAUGGGAACGUGUUCCUUGGGUACGACCGAAUGGAACCCGGACAGGGCUGGUGAUCAGUGCGAGGCCGCCAUCAAGGAAACAAUCUUGGCCGAUCGUGCAACCGCUGCGGAUAACACGCCAUCUCGUUUGUACGCCACGUGGUUAUCGCAAGAAUGCGAAAUUAGAACAGGACCAGAGUACGUUAUUAGGAAAUAUACUUUCUUUGAAAAUGGUACUUUUUUUCUGAUGAGGCAUCAUUAUGCAGAAGAAUCAUGUAGCGUCGCGACGCAUACUGUCACGGCUAGAGGUACUCUUCGUCUUCUGUCACCUUCCGCCGUGACGCCUGGCGCCACUGAAGCUAGGGUUCAUCUGGACACUGUGCACGUGGUCCCCCUGAAUCGACAGGUUGCCCAUAAAUUUGGACAUCGAGUAAACGUGUCCUGCAGUCCACAGCCAAGAUGGCGUCCGUACGUGCCACAGCUGAUCUACGAACAGCGUCGACUUGGAUAUCCUCUUUGGGAGGGUCCACGGUAUAAUUCUCUGCAAGGUCACCCGCCGUCGAGAAAUCAUCGUGGAAUCAAUUGCAUGGAGCCAUUGGGUAUUGAUUUCAGCGAACUAAAACUUCUUAGAGUUCAAAAGAAGCCGAUGAGCUCUACAGGGUUUGGUCUUGGGUCCAGCGGUAAACCAAGAGUGGAACUCUUUCUUGCUAGUCUACCGCCGAAUGUUCCAUCUCGUCAAACUUACAAACCAACGUCUUUGCAGCCUGCUGCUUUACUGCGAAUAGAUACGACAAGUGGAUGCUUGGUCUGCAGUACUAUUGCUCGGGGAACGGAAACCAGUCCUCCAGUUUUACACGAGGUGGCAGCACUUCCAGCACUCUUGGGCGGAGCAUGGUUAAGCUCGACUUGCGAAAGCUUUAAUGGCGGCCUUUGGAUCAAGAGGCAAUUACAGAUUUAUUCCGGCGACAAGCUGUGGACUGGUCGAUGGGAUUAUUAUGCGGAUCCUAGAUGUUCUAUGUUCCUGUAUGCCAUUAGUGCUGCCGGAAGUUAUGUUCAGAGAGCUGGAAGACAUCGACGUGACAGAACAGACGCAGAUAUCGAUAGUAAUUUGUCUUUGGAUGAUAUCGAGAGAGUAUAUCCAGACUCUUUAGCUUUAUUAUCAAUUAAUAAUGCGGACUAUACAGGAACGGACUCUAAAAAUGUAAGAAAUUUAUAUAGGAAGAAAAGGAGUUUCAUGAAGGAUACAACUGACCUUAAAGAACUUAUGCAAAAUCCAUUAGAUAUUGUCAAGGUCGACUCGAAGGAAGACCUUUACUUGAUGAAGUCUUUAAGACAGAAAAAGGCUCUUGAGGAAUGGAUGACCCAGGAACUGGCGCGUAAGAUAUUCGACAUGUACGGCAUGAAACGUGGCAAGGAAGAAGAGAUGCUUCCCACCAUUGAAGAAAUUAAGGAAGCUAAAGGAACCUCGGUGAGCGCCAUAGUUGAUGCGCAUAAGGAUCAAAGUCAUUUCCUUAGUAUAUCAAAUAAAGUAAAAGAAGACUCCACAAUUGAUUUAUCAGAAAUUGUAACUUCAAAUCCGCUAAUGGUGUCACUAUCAAAGGAUGAUCCUGAUAAGAAGACAGAAGGAAUUUUGAAAACGAAAAGAAGUUUAGACGAGGAAGACUCGUACCGUCAUCUUUUGCAAAAUGCACAACCCUCAAUGGCGGAAUCGUUUACCGCCAUGCUCAGAGGAAAUCAACGCUACGAGGAGACCACCAAGAAGCCUUUAGGAUCAUUCAUUCCUACAGGAACAACGGAAUUAGAUCUUCACGUGGCGGAGAGCACUCUGAUACCAGGUGAUCCCACGGUGGCAGCUCAAUGUGGAAAUAAAGGUAGACCCUCAAAUUCGUGGCCAAGAAACUGUAUUGUCCAUGCAGUAGAAGCUCCAUCGACGUUGCGUCUAAGAGCACGUGUUGGAGUUAACUGGAGUGGACAGUAUACACUUCUUCUUGGUGCAAGAGAUGAUAAUCUCUGGGAUGCACCGUUGCAGCAAUGUGGACCAACUGCAUCUUAUAAUCCUGGGCUUAGGAUGCAUCUCAGAAGAAGUCUGGGUAUCAGAUAUGGCUUGUAUUCCUCUCCUGCAGCAUCAAUAAUUUGCAAUUAUUAUUUGACACUUGUUAAAUUGAUUUUUGUCUAUUCGAUCCAUCGAAUACUUUUAUAAAGAAUUUUUCUUCAAUUCUUUGUAUCGCUGCAUAAGAAUUCUGUGUACAUACUCCUCUUAAAUUUUUCUUCGCACUGUAAGUUUAUAUGCUUAUGUGAAGUAAUUUGUAUAUAUACAUUGGAUUUGUUGAAGCAUGUAAAUAUUUGUAUAAAUAUGAUAAUGUCAAGUUAUCUUAGUUAUUAGUAAUUCUUUACUUGGUCUUUUAAUGAUUAAUAACAUUCAGGGGACGAAUAUCCAACCAGUGACUUUAUAACAAUGACUGCAUUAUUCACAGAUUUGUUCUACUUAAUACUCGUAUACUGUCAUUGUAAAUUAGUAUUAAUUAUAACCACUAAGUUAGGUCUAAGUUACAAUUAAAUUUGGCGCAUGGCAACGUGCCCAAGGGAUACAUCCCCAGUGAAAUUCUCCAUUAGCUCAUAUCAAUGAUUAUGAAUACCCUAUAAUUAGAUACACUUUUAGAUAUUGUAAAUAGUAAUUUGAUAUGUUUAGCUAUUGAAGCAGUAACUUGUUAAUAUUAAGUUUACAUAAAUCUUUCUGCUUAAGGAUGUCUUCUGAUAUUUACUACUACUAAGUACUGUGACCACUGCUGUGUUUUUAUUCAUCCAAAGUCUCUGAAAAAGACAUAACUAAUUUCGUACUAUUGUCAGUAAAUUUCAGAAUACGAAAUUUUGUAAUCUUUCGUUAAAUGCGCGCCCACGGGGCUCUAAAGAGCGAAGGUGCACCAGUUACAACUAUUUCUCACUGCCUGCCUCACGCUUGACUGUAAGCGGGGGUGAGUUACACAGUGUACAGGCUAUGGUUGGAAGAAUCUUAGCGGAAGCUGGUCAAAGGGAAGGCCGUUCGGCGCGCAUUUAGCGAGCGUACAAUUAUCAAGAGGUACUGCAGACCCAUAGACAAAUACCUGUUAUUGUAUUUAUUUAAUAAGGACUACUCUGCAGUAGUUGCAGUUAUUUAGAUAGAAUUUCCUGUGUACAAUUAUUACUAUAGCAUCUUAGCACCUUUCCUCCAAUAAUCUGCCUAUAGUUACUUUAUUAUCGUUCAAUCAGAUGAAUUGAUCAAAGAAUAUACACAUUCAUGAAUA